AUGCCGCCGCCGCUGGAGGCGCCGAGCUGCAACGCGACGUUUCCGCAGCUGGCCUUCGAGGCCUUCCGCCUCGAGCGUGCCCUCAGGCCGGGACGGGAUCCGAGCAGCACCAUCGCCGUCAACAAGAAGGCGCAGUUCCUGCCCCACGUCGACUCGGGGGCCGGGGCUGGACAGGGCAUCUCUCUGAUCGUCGGCCUCGGCAACUACACCGGGGGAGAGCUCGUGGUCGAGGGCGUCGUGCACGACAUCAGGUACAAGCCCGUGGAGUUCAACGGCUGGGCCCAACGGCACUGGACUCGGCCCUUCGCUGGCGAGCGCUUCUCCCUCGUGUGGUUCACCCCCGUCGGCUGCGAGGGCCGCCCGGGGCUGGAGGCCAGCUGGAGGGGUGCCUCUUGGGGUCUGGGCCUCCUGGAUGGGGUUGGAGCAGACGGGGUCGGAAGAUCGCGCCGCAUCGCCGAUGCAUCGGCGAUGCGGCUCGGUGUGGCGCCCGACUUACUCCGCGUCGAUGUCGCCGAUGCACCGCCGAUGUCGCCGCUGCAUCGCCGCUGCAUCGCUGAUACAGCGCCGAUGCACCGCCGGUGUAUCGGCGAUGCGGCGCGAUCCUCCAACCCCAUUUGCUCCUGCCCCCAUCUAGGAGGCCUCUAUCGGGGUGGGAUGGGAUGGCAGUUCAUCGCUAGGGGGAAACAUGCGAACCCUACCCCUACCCCCCCACGAUUUCUGGGGGGCCGGGUGGGGUUCGCAUGUGGCCCCCUAAUCGCGUUUUCUAGGUGGUCCCCAGGGGCGCGAAGACGACCCUGCUCCAGAGGGCGGCGCGGGGGCGUGAGGGAUAGCCGCGCGUGGCGCACCGCCGGGCGCUCGCGCGAGAGCAGGUGGCCUGGUUGA